AAUCAACCAAGCCCUAGGUCUAAGGGUCGCGAACAGCAAGCAGCAAGCAGCAAGCAGCAAGCAGCAAGAGGAGGAGUCUCUAUCUUCUCUAUCGCAAGCUUUGCAAACAGCAAGGAGGAGUCGUCGAUCAAGCUUCGCGAACAGCAAGCAGCAAGGAAAAGGAGGAGUUGUCGUCGAUCAAGGUAUGUUUUUAUUUAUACAGGGGAGAGGGAGAGAGAAGAGUGGAGAGGGUGUGGUGUGAUGGGGGAUUCAAACCCUAGAAGAAGUGUGAGAUGUCCACACUGUGCAGGUCCUCUCACAAAGGAGAUGGAAACAAGUGACUGGACUCUUCCUCCCCUCAUUAGGGAUAGCUUUUCUAUGAUUGGUUCUGCUGUUGGUUGUACAACAAGUGCAUUCUAUGGAUUCAACCAUGUGAUGCCAAUCGUUCAGAGGUGGGUUAAAGGACCUAUCUGGUUGCAUUUCCUCAUCGGUGCUCCACCUGUGAUAGUCUUCUCUUCAGCUUGUGCAGGGUUGACAGGUGGUGCUGUUCCAGCACUUGCCCAACUUGCUUCUUCAUCUUAUCAUUCAGCAUUCUCACCUCCGUCAUUGCCAUCUCCAACCUCACAGGAUGAUCAGAUUCACAAAUCCAGAAAUUCCUCUCCUCUAUAAUUCUUUCUACAGUUGCAUAAGUAGCAGAGCACUCUGGUGAUGUCCGUUGUGGACCAUGGACCUGAGCCAUUCUCUAUGCUUUGUGGAUAGCCUCACAAGAAGCUUCUGCAAUAAAAUCCAUGGCUGUUCUCCUUAGGCCCUGUAAUAUGUUCCAGCUACAGGCAUGGUUCUUAUGUAUUAUGUAUGUGGCAGAGCUAGGGAUGGUUCUCUAUGUUUAUAUAUAGAUAUAUCUUUUAUUGAGCAUUAUUCUUUAUGAACUAGUAAGAAGUUUUGAUGGCUCUGCUAUUUUACUUCAGAUUUAUUUAUGUUGUAUAUUUUGAAAAUGCUCACUUGCCUAGUCUUCCUUUGUCUACAUGUACAUGAUACACUUGUUUGAAACACAA